CAAUGACUUCAGCUGAAGUCAGCAACUUUUACUGGCUGGAGUUUUUCCCUCAGUGCACCGUUUGAAUGCAAUUCUGGUGCGGUAUCUCAUCCGUCUGGCAUUUUUCUAACGGCGACGCCACCGAGUCGGACCGGACCGGACCCAGCCCCGUUUGUGUUGGCAGUUGAUUAAGUGAACCUUUCCCCACGCAGAAUCAAUUUGUAGAUGUCCAAUACGUACACCUUGGCCGAGGCCACAAAGGAGCGAUAGACAGAGUCACAGGGCGGAGAGUCACAGUCCACAGGCAUGAGCAUGCCACUGAACAGUAUCAACGGAAGCCACUUGCCAAGUGCAACUGCCGACCCGCAUCAGCCUCAUCAUCUUCCGCAUCAGCAGACCAUGCUGCUCUAUUCCGGACUCCUCUCCUCGGCCCUGUCCGUCGCCGCAGACUCCACGGACUCCAGUGUCAGCACGAGUACGACUACGAGUACGAGUAAUAGCCUGCUGCUCAUUCAGACGACAACCAGUGUGACAACAGCAGCGGCAGGACUGGGAUUGGGAUUGGGACUGGGAUCCGCAGACACAUUCACGCUCAGGGCUACGACAGCGACAGCGGUGCUGGGAGUGCCGUCGGUUAAUUCCUACUUGGUGAGCAUGCCCUGGCCCAAGUCCCUGGCCGUGGCCCUGUUCCUGGUGCUCAUCCUCGUCACAGUUGUGGGCAACACGCUCGUCAUACUCGCCGUGAUGACCACCCGCCGGCUGCGCACGGUCACCAACUGCUUCGUGAUGAACCUGGCCAUAACGGACUGGCUGGUGGGCACCUGUGUGAUGCCUCCAUCGGUCAUCCUCUACAUAACAGGCACCUGGCGCUUCGGCUGGAUACUGUGCGACAUUUGGAUCUCCAUGGAUAUACUCCUCUGCACGGCCUCCAUUCUCAGCUUGUGUGCCAUCAGCCUGGACAGGUAUCUGGCCGUCACACAACCCUUGACGUACUCGAAGAAGCGCCGCUCCAAGCGCCUGGCCCUGCUCAUGAUACUGGUCGUGUGGAUAACGGCCCUGUCAAUCACAUGUCCACCGUAUUUGGGCUGGUACGAGGCGGGCCGACAUCAGGAGCAGUAUGUGGACUGUCGCUACAAUCAGAACAAGGGGUACGUGGUCUUCUCGGCCAUGGGAUCGUUCUUCAUACCCCUGACGGUGAUGGUGUAUGUCUACGUCAAGAUUGGUUAUGUGCUCACCUCGCGCCGACAGCGCAUUGUGCGCGAUGCGAACUCGGAGCGCACGGCGGACUGUGACGUGGAUGGCGACCAGUUUAUAUCCGAGUCGGAGCACUAUCACUGCACGCCCACCAAAUGGCUGCCACACCGGAAGUCCCGCUGGAGGUUCAACUCGUUGCACGAGCAGACAGGCUCCUGCACCACCACCACCAGUGCCAGUGCCAGUGCCAGUGCGGGAAAGCAGUCGCUGAAGUGCUCAAAGUGCCAGGAGAAGGAGAAGGCUGCCGGACAAGUGGUGGACAAGACGCUGACCUUCAAGCACCAGCCCACGUUCUACGAACUGGUGGAGGUGUCCCGCCUCUCCUCACUAAUCCACUGCUCGGCAAUUAGCUGCAAGUACGGCGGCCCCUGCAUGCACUCCACGCCCUCGGGGCUGCACUAUACGGGCAGCCAGGCCUCCUUCUCAGAUACCUGUCUGGGUGCCGCCGAGUCGCCAUCCGACUCCAGGUCGCAGCAGCAACAGCAGCAGCAGCAGCAGUUUGACGGAGACUCCAAGGGCGGCUCGCUGCAGAAGAGAGUCUUCGACAUGCAGCACCAUCAUCAUCAUCAGAGCCAUCACAAUCCCCACCGGAUGCCGAUGCCAAUGCGAGUGUCGACCACGAAACGGGAUAGCACAAAGACCGCCAAGACCCUGACGAUUGUGAUGGGCGGUCUGAUUGCCUGCUGGCUGCCCUUCUUUGUCUAUUACCUGCUGAUACCCUUCCUGCCCGGCCCGGCGGUGCUCGAGGACCUCAUGUUCGGCUUCACCUGGGUGGGCUGGGUCAACUGUGCCAUCAACCCCUUCAUCUACGCCUUCUACAAUCCGGACUUUCGCACUGCCUUCUGGCGCCUCACCUGCCGACCCAUCUGCAAGCCGAAACGCCCACCCAAUCAUCUGGCCAUGUUCCGCGGCUAAAAAGCAUCUCAGGCAUCCCCCUUUGGAGCUGUAUAUGUUGAUGGUUGUG